GCAAGAGCAUAACAGUCAUCCAGACAACUCUGUCACAGACACAGCAUUCGCAUCGAUUGAAAGCAAACGCAGCAUGUACAACGAGGAGCCAAUUUCAAGCUUUGUGUUCAACAACGAGGGAGAAAAACAAACCUUCCGCCAUCAGUGGCAUGUGGAGGGACAGUUGCAUGAGUGCACCACCUGCUACAGCAGCAUCGAUGCGGAUGAGCCGCCCAGCCAGCACUGGCUGCGACGUGGCGAGGAGCAGCGGCCGCAGCUCACCAAGCAACAGCAGGCGGUAUUGGACAUCAUCGAGGCGCGUCAAAUAGAGACAUUCUUCUUUUGCGACGAGAGUGCGCAGCAUAAGCUGGAACAGUUUAUGGCCGAGACCUGCUCCAGGGCGGUGCCGGAGCUGUUGCGCUGGAUGUUUCACAAUGGUACGCAGCGUUUGGAGUUCAAUGUGGCGUGCUAUGUACAUGUCCAGAACCAGGUACACAUCUUUCAGAGCGGCACACUGGGCGUUCAGCAUCACUAUGACAUUGAGGAGAGCGUGAGUGUUGUCUACGAGCUGCUUACACAGCGCAUUCAGAACUAUCUCAGCAGCAGCCAUGACGUAAGCCUCGACGAAUGCAGCAUAACACGCAUACGUGUCCAGCUGAAGCGGCAGCGUGAGGACAGCGAAUCUACGGGCUCGCCAUCCUUGGCUCUGCCAUUGCCGCUGCAGCUGCGCCAGGAAACGGCUGCACGCGGCAGCCUCACCAGCGAGGCCGACUUGGCCAGUUUGCGGGCGGCAUAUGUUAAGCAUCAGCGCGAGUGCAACGGCUAUUUUCCGCCCAACAUGCGCGUCAAUCUGUACGGACUGCAGCAGUGCCAGACCACCAAGGAGUUGUAUGUGGUGCCCUAUCACAUAAGUGAGACGCUGCAGCAGCGGUCCAACAAGAGUUUCCUCAUACUGAACGACAUCAUGGGCCAGUUUCAGCGACUGCACGAGCUGCAAACCCCAAUGUCGCCCAAUAAUAGCCGAUCCCGUACACGUCCCUUCCAGUGUCGCCGCUGUCGAGCUCCGCUGAAGAGCCGCAGCCGUCUGCAUAUUCAUCAGCAAUUGCGCUGCGGCCAGGACUUUAGCUUGGACAGCAUUCAUCCGGACAUUGUGGAAGUCUACGAGCAGUGCCUGCCCAUUUCGCGCAGCAUUUCCCUCUACACCUGCUACGGCAUUACCAAACCCAAAACGGUCAUAAGAAAGGGCCAAUAUGUGCCCAUCGAGUGCGAUUGGCGCCGCAAGAGCUCCGUUCAGGUGCAGCACGGGCCCUGUGUAGUCAUUAGCAAUGCACAGCUCAGUAGUCCCUGUAAAUACACAUAGUUAAGUCAUAUCAAUAAAUCAAUUCAAUUUUAAGCAAA